AUGCCUUCCGCGCCCUCCACCCCGCGGCGCAGCGCCUCAGGUCGCCGGCGCGGCCGUCCCCCAGGCACUACGAAUGCCGCUCGCGCGGCGCGCCUCGCCGCCUCAGCUACCGAGCCCCCGCCUAAACGGAGGAAGUACAUCCCGGGAGGGCCCGGUGGCGGCGGGAGGUUCGUGGACGAGGAUGGUACAGAGAUCCAGGCCGAAGCUUCCGCCUCUGCAAGCGCUCCUCGCCCGAGACCCAACCCCCCUAUGGCAAACGCCGCGCCAUCGUCACCCCUGUUGCCCCGUCGCGAACGGAGCACCAGGACUAGAUCAACAGUCAGUCGCUACGAUCCCGACGAGGAGCAAUAUAGCUCAGCUGCCGCUGUUGCUGCAGCGGUUGCACAAAGUGAGGGAUAUAAGCCUAGAGAGGAGCGAGGCUGGGAAGAGUUCCAUCCCAAUCUCGAUAUCGAGGCGACCUUCAUGGUCUUUUCUGCCGAUGAUGUCGAUGGGGUUGCGAAAUCUACGCCACCGACGCCUUCUGCCCAGUCGCAGGGACUGUCAAUGAACGGUGGUGGCACACAAGAUGCGCUUCUGCCGGCUUCAUCCAGCAACGGUGCCCUUGGCGCCAUCUCUAACAAUGCUACGCCUGGCACGCCGACAAGGCGUAGGAUUGGCAGGCCGUCGAGGGAUUCUAUCUUCUACGGCACUGUUGGUACAACACCAAAGACUCCGCGGGCGCUCCCUAUACACAACCAAACCCCCAAGGAGAAGCUCGAUCUGAAGCAGCCUUCGUAUCGCAAGACCGAUCGAAUACUGCUCUUUGAGAGCAAGACAUUCGGGCAAGCGCGCUAUGUCGACAAGGCCAUGAUGAAUGUUGGCUACCAAGAGAGCGACAAUUAUUUCAGGCCUGAUCGGAGACUCAUCAAGGCGGGUGAUGCCAAUGGUGAGGACGAGGCUGAACAGGCAAGCGCUACCAAGACUGACGGCGAUUCACAUCAUGUGCCAAGUAAUGUCGGGCGAGUGGAGUAUGAUAUGGAUGAGCAAGACGACAUGUGGCUGGAGAAGUACAAUGUCCAGCGGAAAGUCGGAGAGAACGAGCCGAUCACGCGCGAGAUCUUCGAGAUCGCCAUCACCAAGAUUGAGAAGGAGUGGCACGCGCUCGAGAAGAGAAUACCAAAGCCCAAUCCAAAACCGCCGCAGACCCACAGGCCGAGAUCGAGCUCUGCUGCGGCUGUCAACGGCGAGACCCAGGCAGGAGAAGAGCAGGAUAGCAAGUGCGCCAUCUGCGACGAUGGAGACUGUGAGAACACAAACGCCAUUGUUUUCUGUGACGGUUGCGAUUUGGCUGUCCACCAAGAGUGCUACGGCGUGCCCUUCAUCCCGGAGGGUCAGUGGCUCUGUCGGAAAUGCCAACUUAUUGGUCGUGGUAUUCCGGUAAGUGCAUCUCGGUCCCUCCUAUCCUUGAUCGACACAAUUAUACUGACAUUUCACGAGACGUGCAUAUUCUGCCCGAACACUGAAGGGGCGUUCAAGCAAACGAACUCCUCAAAAUGGGCCCAUCUGCUUUGUGCUAUGUGGAUUCCCGAGGUCUCACUGGGAAAUCAUACCUUCAUGGAGCCUGUCAUGGAGGUGGAGAAGGUGCCCAAGAACCGCUGGAAGCUCAGGUGCUACCUCUGCAACCAAAGCAUGGGGGCUUGCAUCCAAUGCGGCAACAAGGCAUGUUAUGAAGCAUUCCAUGUUACCUGUGCGAGACGAGCCCACCUUUACCUCAAGAUGAAGAACAACCACGGCACAUUGGCUGUCCUGGACGGCAGUAUGAUCCUGAAGGCGUUCUGCCACAGACACUGUCCGCCAGACUACGCCAAGGAACACAACGUGAAGCAGGCGACCAAGGCAGCCAUCCGAUUCUACAAGAAGACCAUGAAGGGCCGCAUAUGGGUCAACAGCCAGGACACAGCAAGAGAGCUUGCAGCAACUUUCGCGAACCAAAAGUUCAUCAUGCCGAACCCCCCAGAUGAGUCCCAGGUCACGGGAGCAAAACUCGACGCAGUGCUCAGUGGUGACAAGAAGAAGGGCCAGCCGGGCAAAGCACUGUGGAAGUUGCCCUCCGGUGCACCGAUCAUACCUCAGGCCGUCUUCGACCUGGUGGAGAGCUCGCUACAGCGUUUCACUUUACGCAAACGAAAGGAGUUUGUGGCAGACGCAUGCCGGUACUGGACGUUGAAGCGCGAGGCGCGGCGCGGCGCGGCGUUACUGAAGCGACUCCAGUUGCAGAUGGAGACCUUCUCCUCCAUGGAGCUGACGCGCCGCAACUUCGCUACGAUGGGACCAUCCGGAAAAGCCCGGUUGGCACGGAGAAUCGAAUUUGCGAAGAACCUGAUCAACGACCUGGAGCAGUUGAAGUCACUCGCUGACGAUGUUGUGAAGCGCGAAGAGCAAAAGCUCGAGGGUGCUGAACUCGAGCAAGACUUUGUCGACACCUGCUACUUUCCCAUCCACAAGCUACUGCUCCCUGUCGUUGAGAAAGCCAUCUCGCUUGACAAAGAUGUUUUCAAUGAUGGCCUCGUUCAAUUGCAGACCCGCUUGAACGAGCGCUUCUACACGACUACUCUUACAUUCACGCACGAUCUUUGCGAGGUCAUCCGUGCAGGCAUUAACUCGACGCAUGAGACUAGUGGUGCCGAUGCCACGGGAUCCGAUGCUGUGGACGUGUCGCCAAGCAAGAUCAGCAACUAUUCUGAAUCCAGGGAUCGAAAGAGACUCGGCAAGAGGAUUCUCAAGGCUGUGCAACCUCAGCUGGAGGCCGCGCUGAAGGCCGAGGCAGACAUCAACCACAAGUCAUUCGAGACCCAGUUCCAGGAGCUCGAGCGCCGAAUCGCCACGAGUCUAGAGGCUCAGCCGCUGCCAGCAACUGCCGAGCUCCCGGACGUGGACAUACCGGCGAGAGAUCAGAUUCAGGACGUGAUCAUGGCUGAUGUGGGCGACGAGGGGGAAAUCGUCGUGGCUGACGCUGUCAGUGAGACUGUAUUGGUCGGGCGUGACACGGCUGGAGGCGAUCCAAUGGAUCUAGACGAGGCUGCUGUCGAUGGACAAGCUGUUGAUGAACCAAGCGACGAGAAAGUCGUGCAAGCCAACGGCAUGAUCUCGUCAUCGGCGUCUGUUGCUGGGCUGGAUAAGGAGGCGGAUGACGGCAAAGACGAGGACGCCGAGGCGAAUGGUGUAGGAUCUACCGACACCCCUCCCGCAGACAGCGGCUACAUCCCCGUUGCUCCUCCUGCUCUUCCCGGGCCGCUGACUCCUCCUCAAUCUAAUGGUAGUGUGGGCCGCGGACCUGCUGACCCUUUGAACGACGGUGGCAUUCCUUGGUACAUGAAAGGCUUCCACCUCGAGGGCACCAGCGCAGCAGAAGAGCAAUGGACGGGCCGCGACGCGGUUCGCAGUCUUAGCGAGGACCUCACCGACAUGGACGACGAGGAACUGAACGGACUCGAGUUUGACGUGGAGGAUAGCACAAUCACGGCGUCCCCCGUCAACGAGUCCUCGACGGCCGCCGCUCCGGUCUCGAGUAAGAAGAAGGCUGCAGCUACCAAGUUUAGGAAGGGGAUCCGGAGCUCGGCCAGGAGGCGAUGA